ACUUUUUAAAUUUGUUGUUGUUUACUUCUGCUUUCGUUGCUUUCGAUUGAGCGAAGCGGAUUUAAAGGGAUUUAUUGUUAAAUUAAUUAAGGUCAAUUUUCAGAUUAAAUGUCGGAAAAUAUAUUUCUCUUUGUUCCGAACUUAAUCGGCUAUGCCAGAAUUCUACUGGCAAUCAUCUCCUUCUAUUAUAUGCCUACUAAUUACUUAAAGGCAACAUUCUGCUAUUUAUUAAGUGGAUUUCUGGAUGCUAUUGAUGGCUAUGCUGCAAGAUGGUUGAAUCAAGGUACAAAGUUUGGAGCGAUGUUGGAUCAACUUACGGACCGUUGUGCUACAAUGUGUUUACUUGUAGUUCUUUCAUGCUUUUAUCCCAAAUGGAUGAUUCUUUUUCAAUUAAGUAUGGCUAUUGAUAUAGCUGGGCACUGGAUUCAUCUGCAUGGGUCAAUGAUGCAAGGUAAAACUAGUCACAAGUUUAUUGAUCCUUCUUCAAAUCCGAUAAUACAUCUUUAUUAUACUUCCAGGCCUGUUUUAUUCUUCAUGUGUGCUGGAAAUGAACUGUUCUAUAGUAUGCUUUAUCUUGUCUAUUUUACUUCUGGGCCCACAGUUUUAGGAAUAGGACUUUUCAAACUGCUGGUCUACCUCACUACUCCUAUUGCUAUUGUUAAAACCUUAAUAACACUCCUUCAAAUGUAUGUGGCAUCUGUCAAUAUUAGUAUUAUUGAUGUGAAUGAUCGUGCCAUUGAAUCCAAGAAAAAACAUUAGAAAUUCAUUAUGUAUCUUUUACUUACUGGGAAACUUUGAAGAUAUUUAGUUGUUGAUAUUUCCUAAUAAUGAUAUAUAUUAUACAAAUAUUUCAAUGUAUUUAUAGAAUCAUAUAAAAAUAUAUAACCGUCAGCUUCUUAAAUUGACUUUUAUAUUAAAUAUCUAUUUUUAAAAAAGUUAUUUUUUUAAAAUCAGACUUGAUUUAAUUAGCAUUAGAUGGAAUCAUUAAUUAAAAUCAUUCAUUUGCUUAGGCAAAACAAUUAAGAAAUAUUAGUUUUUCAGGAUUUGUCAAUAUUUCUUGAAUUGCUUUAAUCACUUUUAGGUUAAUGUUUGUAAAUAUACUUAAACACAUUAUAUUUAAAGUUGUUUAUGUAUUAAGUAUUUUUUAAAUUAAGUAAUAUGAGUUGAUUUUUGUUCAAAAUAAAAUCAUACCUAAAAAC